UCAAGAGAAUAUGGCAAAAGCAAUGACCUACUCUGGGGCAAUGUACAGCUUUUGGUGAACAGUUAAUGGCCAUGUCAAAUUAGUGCACAAUAUGUAAGACGGUAAGGGAACAUGAGGCAUCAAAUGGCAUUUAUAAAGCUCAGAUUUUUUUUCAAUUACAAAUCUUAGUAAAUGGAUGUAUUGCAUCUUCAGACCCGUUAAUUGAUUUACUCAAAUCAUUUCUCUUUAUCCAGUUGGAUGGUCUUUUGCUUCAAUGGUUCAAACAAAAAGGUUACUUUCCAAGGGGGAGAGUUUGCCACAGUAGAAGAACUUGUAGAUCAGGCAAAGGACAAAUUCCCUGACAUAAAAGACCUUGCUGUAAGACUCCAAGUGUAUGACAAAGAGGUUGAAGAAUUCAUUGAUGCAGAAAGUGGAGAAGAAGUCAAAUUUAAAUCUAAAGUAAAGAUUUUAACUGCAAAGCCAGAAACUCGCCCACAAUCUGCGAGUACCUGCAAUGCCAGCCAGAAGCCUAUACCAUGUGGACAAACUGCUCCAACUCAGAGUACCCCAUCUUCAGUGUGUGCUUGGUUCACCAACUUCAAGCUACCGAGUUUUCCGGAUGCAUUAGUUGACAAACUUGAAUCUGGGAAAACAUCAUGCGCUAAUGACUCUGCAAUUUUAGAUGUCCUGUAUGAGUCUGUAAAGCCAUAUACAGUGUAUCCCACGCCCAGUCAAUAUAUGGUAAUCGUAGAUCGCCUUCUCACCAGAUAUCCAAAUCUAUCAGCACAUCUGGACGUAAUCAAUCAGAAGCAACUCUGGGUGAAAAAACUGCAGUACAAAUUUCAAAACACUCGAAGAAGGGAUGAAAGUGUGAGGACAAGUUUGGCUGUACUGCAGCGUAAAAGAAAACAUCCGCCGACCCCGAUCCAGAAAAAGGAAUCAAAAGAUGUCGUUAAGUACCCUCCAGUAUUUGGAAUGGCGCAGUACCUACCUUCCAGAGAGGCCUCGGAAGAUGACGAAUCAAUCAAGCUUCACAUUAACUGGCUGUUGUGCGAAAGCACAAAAAAAAGACCAAAUUUCGAAGAGGCAGCAUCACGAAUGGCUUUGACUUUUGCAGAUAGAAGGAGGGCGAUUGUGAAGGGAGACCUCUCCAUCAAGGAGAUUCAAGAACAGUACCCGUGGCUCUUCAAAGAAGAUGGACAUGAGUUACUAACAGAGUUCCAGAGAAUCCAUGGCAGUUCUGAUGCCUUGGAGCUGUUGAAGAAAGGACUCCGCACCUUCGCAUGCUCCCUGCUUAGUUCGUACAAGACCAAGUGUCUUCGGAGUAAAAUGAAGGGAGAUGUAGAUGACGACCUAUUGAAGAUCAUAGAGGAAGUUGAGAAGGUGGAGGAUGAACAGGUUCGAGAUUGUGCAGAGGGGAGUGCUGCUCUAACCACCAUCCCAACUCUUCUUGGAGAGAAAAAUAACAUCUUCAAAUAUGAGAUUGAUGGAGACAAUCCUGGACUUGCCAUAUUUUUGAAGACGGAUGCAUUGUCACCAAUGCAUGCAACAGAAUUUUCCCUUAUUGUGGAUGGAGUAAUGGUUUGCAGAGUUUUGGGGACUUGAUGCGAGCUACAGCAUGUUACCUUGCAGCUUUCUACAUUUUCCAUCUUCAGUAUGAAGUGUCCCAGCACAAAACCCUAGAAUUUUGUCAGUUAGCUCUCCUGCAGAUCAAGGACAAAUGUCCAACAGACAAACAGGUCCUAACCCUCAUUUCAAGACUUCAUAAGAAGAAGCCCUAAACAAAGGUCUUGAGAGUAUAGUCAUAAGUCAGUCGCAAUGAAAUCUUGAUAAUGUUUACCCUAGCUUUGAAAAGCAUCAUUUUGUUUUAUGUUAUGACAUCACGGGAAUGCAUAUCUACCCCCAUAAGUUGAUGGCGACAAUAGU